UAUAAUCCUGUAGACACAAUUUUCGAAGUGAAAUCUAUAUCAUCUAAUAAUUACAACAUGUGUUCUAGGACUGAAGGUCCUACAUAUAUAUCUCAUAAAGAAAACGAACUUUCUGUGAGCGAAAAUACAAUAAAAUCGGAAAGUGACUUAACUCCCGGAGAGCUUUAUCAUUCCAAUUCGGAGUGUGUAACAAAUGAAAACAGUUUGGAUAAUAAAUCCCAAAAGAUAAUAAGAGCUCAAUUUAAAAUUGAUAAAAGAAAUAAAAAAGCUGAUAACUUUAAUAGGAAACCCAAAUCCAAAGGUGAUGGAAAGGCUUCGAAACCAAAAAAUAUGUAUCUUAAAACUGAUUCCAAACCUAGUAAGAUUAUUAAAUCGAAAUCAGAGAUUGACAUGUUAGAUGAAGGUAAUUCUGCUGGAACCUCACAACUAAAAACUGUUCGACCCAAAAAAAAGAUCAGCAAUAAAACAGAUUUAAAUCCUGAAGAAAUUCGUACAUCGAAUCCAGAGACUGGCAAGUUUGAAGAACAGAGCGCAGGUGAAAUGUUGAAUCAAACGAAUUCUCAAAAUGAUAUUAAAAUAAAAGCCGAAACACACUUAACACCUGGUGAACUCUAUAAGUCGCAAUCAGAAGGUGGACUCUAUAAUUCGCAAUCAGAAGGUGGAUUUUAUGAGGCAAAGAAAAAAACGAGACCUUUAAGGAAAACAAGGAAAGAAAUAGAUUUCAAAUCAAAAAAGCUUCGCAACAGAUUUGAGUUGAAUCAAGAAAUUGGUACCAAAAGGUUAAGAAAGAAAAAAACACAAUCGAAGACGACAGUAAAAGCCAAAUCGAAUUCGACACCUAGUGAUCACAUUAGCAAGAAAUCAGAUAAACUUGGCACGAAAAAACUAAACAAGGAGAAUAUUGAACAAGAUUCAAAAAUUUCGAAUGAAAGUGAAUUUAAGCCUGACAAGCUUAAUUUAAAAUCAGAAGACAGUUUGUCUGAAGUAAGACGAACUAGUGAAGUUCCAGAAGCGAAGUCUCGAGGUGAUAUACAAGAAGAAAAUCUAAAACGUGCUAAACUUUAUAUUUCUAAGGCAAAACGCCUUCAUGAUAUUGCGAAAAAAAAGAGUAUUGAACGUAAAAGGCGAAUGAGAUCUGGAAAGGGACAGAAAUCCAAAAAUAAGAAAUCAAGAAAAUCCAAAAAAUCAGAUGAAAAGAUGACGUUGUCCGAAUUUCUCUACGGAUUGGUAGUGAAUAAGGAUAAUGAUAAGAAAGGCGGCGGCAAUCGGAGAAAUUUCGCAACGUUUUCUGCUGUGCGUUGCUCAAAUUCCAUUUCCCAGAGCUGGUCCCCGAAAAACCGAAAAGUUCAUCGAUAUAUCUCAAAAUCUUAUUCUUGGAAUAAAGAAAAAAACAAUGUCUUCAUAUCGCCGGAAGUGGUAAAGCAAGGGCUUGGCUCUGAGGCUAUAAAAAAGGAGCGAAAGGCUAAUGAACGAAAAAAGAAAUCGAGCAAUUCAAAAGCAAGUAGAAACUCUGCAAAUGAAAAAGGAUUAUCUAACAGCUUCACAGUAAGUAAAGAACACACAAAAGCUUGGGAUGAAAAAAUUAAAAUGGAUGGUGAUAGCCACACUACAAUUCGAGGAGGCUCACUUAAGGAGCAAAAACAUAUGAGGCGACUAAAUAAUAUAACGGGCAAGAAUGAAAGAUUAGACAUUCAAAUUGGUCGCGGAUCUCCGGAGGUCAAAGAACGAAGUCGAAACGAUCAAAUCAAUCAUAAUAACAAGCGAAGUUUUAAUACUUUGAGUCAACAUAUUUGGAAACGCAUACGGAUUCAACAAAAAUCUCUAGAAAGCCAAAUUGAAGGAUGGAGACAUGGAACUACUGAAUUGAAUCGAAACCAAGCCAAGAAGAAGAGCCUAAAAUUUAAAAGUAAAAAUUAAAUGGUAGAUGAAAAUGGAAUUUAUUUAAUUAUAAAUUAAAUAUGUGACUAAUAAAUAAAAUUUGUAUACCAACAAAAGUUAUACUUCAA